ACUCUAUACAAUAAUCUGAAAAAGAUAGCUCGUGAUCCCACAAAGAUUCUCUUUGGGCAACACAAAGCAACCUUAUCUGGUGCCUCAGGAGGACGAGCUCCAUUCAAGAUACAUACACACGAUGGCGCGUUCAAGUCCUGGGAGUUUACGACCAAUAUGGUAGACAACAAGCACGAAGAUGAUCUAUGUGACGUCAAACAAGUAACUGGCCAAUACCCAGCAUUUACUGGUUUUGAUUUCUACCAAAUGGAUUCUGAUUGGAUUAAAACUGUUACGUAUCUCACCAAGAAAGCUUACAGUAGAGGGAUGGUGGUCGCCAUGUCUUGGCAUGUUAAUAAUUUUGCUAACGGAGGAAACGCCUGGAGUAUGGGUAAUGAACAACAUAUAGUUCGAGAACUGCUCCCGGGUGGCAAACACCCGCAUCAUUACAUGGAUAUUCUGGACAAAAUUGCUCACUGGGCUAACUCUUUGCUUGAUUCCAAGGGAAGGCACAUACCCAUCAUAUUCCGCCCAUUCCACGAGUCUAAUGGCGGAUGGUUUUGGUGGGGUUUAGGUAAUAGAGUAAACAAUACACCCAAGGAUCUUCAGGAUAUUUAUCGUUAUACCGUUAAAUAUCUUCGAGAUACUAAAGGCGUUCAUAACUUCCUGUAUGCAUUCAGUCCAGGCUCGGGUUACAAGAGCAUGACGGAAGAUGGUGGUAUAGCAUCUUACAUGGCGGCGUAUCCUGGUGAUGAUUAUGUUGAUAUUCUUGGACUAGACGAUUAUGGCGAUUUGUCCGCAACUUCAAAAUUACAGAAAUUUGUAGAUUAUUUGAAUGAAUUAGUAACAGUGGCUGAGAAAAAAGACAAAGUACCUGCUUUAACAGAGGCUGGUCUGACCAAUAGUCGCAUCAAUGAGGUCCAUAAUUUCUGGUCUGAUCGCGUUUUGAGCGCUAUUAAAGGGACGAGGUAUGUCCAAAAGAGAGAUGCAGCUAAGAGAAUCGCUUAUAUGAACACGUGGACAAACUAUUGUUCUUCCACUAAAUGUGAUUUGUUUACACCCUAUGCUGGCCAUCCUGGUGAGAAAUAUUUUGUCGACUUCUUCAAGGAUCCUCUCAUGUGCUUUGGUGAUUAUGUCAAACAGCAUGAUAUGUAUAGUUAAUAAGUUUAAAUAUUAUUCAUU